UCUUCAACUCAAUUAUGUUCGUUUAAUCUUCUUCGUCUUCUUCAGCGGUCAAGGCAUGAAACGUUGUCAUGCUCUCUGUGGCUGACUCACGUGAAGCACAGACCUCGACGGAUUCGCUGUCUUCAACCACCUGGAGAGAACUCAAUACAAUUCUUCUCGAAGCUCGAAGUCGGAGACCGGAGUUUUGCCUUUACUCGGGGUUACACUUGACUCCCUCCUCGUCCCCCUUCCCAUGGCGGCCUUCAGAACGCCGCAUUGAAGCACCUUCUGCCACCCCUCGUUUGCUAUAUAUGAUCUUCUGCUACUGUCGCUCUCAAUGGAAGUGCGACCUGUUUCUCCAAGGUAUGAUUUUUAUCUCUUCUUCCUCCUCAUCGUCUGCUUGCCGUCCUCGUUCCUUCGCGCUUCCGCCGCUGUCGAGUUGAGAACCGGCGACUUCGACGCGCUCUUGGCCUUGAAGUCUUCCAUUGAUCCUCACGACUCCUUGCCGUGGCGCCAAGAAGCCGUCUCUGAGCUCUGCGGCGGGUGGAAGGGGGUGAAGCAGUGCUCUCCUGAUGGUAGAGUGACAAAGCUCGUGGUCGAGUUCCUCAACCUCACCGGGACGUUGCUUCAGGAACUCCUCGCUCCUCUCGACCAACUUCGCGUUCUCAGCUUCAAGGCCAAUUCUCUUUCCGGUGCCAUUCCCGACCUCUCCCCCCUCGUCAACCUCAAAUCCCUCUUCCUUAGCGACAAUCAGUUCUCCGGCCGGAUCCCGGUCACCAUAGCCUCUCUUCACCGCCUAAAGUUGAUCGUCCUCUCCCACAACCUCCUUUCCGGCCCCAUUCCGACGUCCCUGGCCGGCCUACCGCGGCUUCAUGCGCUCCUGCUCCAAGACAACCGCCUUAUGGGGGAGAUCCCGCCGCUCGACCAACCCAGUCUCCUCUACCUCAAUGUCUCCGGCAACAACCUCUCUGGUGAGAUCCCCGCCACUCGCUCCCUCUCUCGCUUCAACCGCUCCUCUUUCCUCGACAAUCCCAACCUCUGCGGGGAUCAAAUCGGAGCCCCCUGCACCCAGAAGUUGAUCUUUCCGCCUCCCACUGGCAGUCCAAAAUCAUCCUUUGACCAAGUAAACGCCAUCCCUCCGCGUCUCCUUCGCACCCACAAGAAAAGCAUUAGAAGGAUCAUCGGCAUCGUCGCCAGUUCCGUCGCCGGGGCGUUCUUCUUAUCAGUUUGCUUGACAGUGGCGUUGCUAUUGGCAUACAAGAGAAAGAGAAGAAGAGUAAUCGAGAGCCGAUCCGUCGGACACGGAUCAGGCGGCCGCAGCAAGCCCCUCGAAGAAGGCAGCAGCGACGGCGGAGGAGGGGGGAAGGGCGGGUUCUCGUGGGAGGCGGAGGAUGUUGGGAAGUUGGUGUUCUGCGGCGGCGCGGGGGAGAUGUACAGCCUGGAGGAGCUGCUGCGGGCGUCCGCGGAGACGCUGGGGCGGGGAACGGUGGGGAGUACGUAUAAGGCGGUGAUGGAGUCAGGGUUCAUCGUGACGGUGAAGCGGCUCAAGGACGCGUCCCGCCCGCCCGCCGAGGAGUUCCGACGGCGGAUGGAGGAGCUCGGCCGCGUGCACCACCCCAACCUGGUGCCCUUUCGUGCCUACUUCCAUGCCAAGGAUGAGCGCCUCCUCGUCUACGACUACUUUCCCAACGGCAGCCUCUUCUCCCUCAUCCAUGGGUCGCGGCCCUCCGGAAGCGGGAAGCCGCUUCAUUGGACGUCGUGUUUGAAGAUCGCGGAGGACGUCGCCGCCGGCCUCCUCUACCUCCACCAGACUAACCCGCCCACCGUCCACGCCGACCUCAAGCCCUCCAACGUCCUCCUCGGCCCCGACUUCGAGUCCUGCCUCACCGACUACGGCCUCAUCCCUUCCCUCCUCCCCGCCUCCCACGACGACCUCUCCGCACCCUCCCCCUCCUCCUCCUCCUCCUCCUCCUCCGCCGCUGCCGCCGUCUUCUACCGCGCCCCCGAGUCCCGCCUCCCCAACCCCGCCUUCACCCCCCUCUCCGACGUCUACAGCUUCGGCGUGCUCCUCCUGGAACUCCUCACCGGGAAGACCGCCAUGCACGACCUGGUGGAGGAGCCCGGCGCCGACAUCCCCAGGUGGGUCCGCACCGUGCGAAAGCGGGAGAAGAACGACUUCGGCGAGGACCCCGGGCCGUCCGAGGAGAAGCUCACAGCGCUGCUGGACAUCGCAGUCGCGUGCGUGGCAGUCGAGGCGGAGAAACGGCCGCCGACGGAGGAGGUGCUGCGGAUGAUCAGAGAAGCAAGGGCAGAGGUGGUGGCGUCGUCCAACAGCAGCGACCACUCGCCCGGGAGGUGGUCCGAUACGCUGCAGAGCUUGCCGAGGGAGCACGGCCCGUAAAGUUUCCCGGAGAGGGAUUGCAAGUCUUUUUGGGUGGAAAAAGAUUUGAUUUCUGAGGCAAAAUCGAUUUGAGGAUGUCAAGUCGUAGUGUGCAGUGUGAUUCUUGAGAUUUAGGGGUAACGAAGAUCUUUUUUUCCUUUUUUGUCUGUUUAACAAAGGUAAGUUACUAACA